UUCCUGUCAACACCCAGAAAACUUUUUUUUUUAAUCCUAAAACUCUGAAAUUUGUUUAGGGCUGCUUGUAAUCUUCACUCUCUCCAUCUGACUGAAAAAGCAACACAGGAAUUAUUGGUAGAAACAAAAGGAUUAUUAAGAGAGAACAUCUAAAACUGUGACUUCCAAGGGCAACUGUUAAAUGUGAAAGUUAACCAAAGUUGUACGUUUCACUACCUAGUGCAGUGUAUCUAGUGUUCUACAAUGGCAGCAUCUGUCUCUGAGUUGUUGCUGACCAUUCUGGAGAAACUGGACAACAAAGAGAUGGAGAGAUUUAACUGGGAGCUGUGCAAUAGCGAUCUGAAAGAUUUUGCUAACAUUUCAAAGGCUCAUCUGGAGAAUGUCACAAGGCAUGCCACUGUGGAUAGGAUGGUGGAGACCUACUGCGAUGAGGGAGCUGUGAACGUCACAAUCAUGAUCCUAAGCAACAUGAACCUUAACAAACUUGCUAAGUCUUUAAAGAGACAUCUUCCAGAAGAGGAAUCGACACAGAAAAAAAGAAGGGAAGAGGGGAAAUCGGUGAGUGGACGACCUGAGGACGACCUGAGAUCUGACUUAACAAGUCUGGAAGAAAAGCUGGAGAAAUGUAUAAAUGCCAGAGAGAGCUACGAUAGCAUGACUCAGCACACCAAGGACCAGCAGGUGGACACAACGAGGAGGAUCAGGGAAGAGUUUGUGAAGCUCCACCAGUUCCUGAGAGAGGAAGAGGAUGCCAGACUGGCUGCUCUGAGGGAGGAGGAGAAGGAAAAGGGAAUGUUAAUUGAGAAAGGCAUGGACAGCAUUGUUGAGCAGAUCUCCUCUCUCACAAAUGCCAUUGAGGCUGUGAAAGAGGACCUGAACAAAGGCAGUGAAAACGUCCUUGUGAGUUACAAACACACCCAGAACAGAGCCAGAGCCCAACUUGAUCUUCCGGAUCCACAGCUCGUCUCCGGAGCGCUGAUCGACAUCGCCAAACACCUGGGAAACCUGCAGUUCCAAGUCUGGGAGCAGAUGCAGGCGAUAGUCAAACACUCGCCCAUAAUUUUGGACCCCAACACGGCUCCCUCUACUAUGACUUUGUCUGAUGACCUUACCAGCGUGCGACACACAGCCGUAGAGAAGCAGCAGAUUCCGGACAACCCAGAGCGGUUCACACGGUGGGCAAAGGUCAUUGGCUCCACAGGCUUUGUGAAGGGUUCAGAGCAUAGCUGGGAGGUGGAGGUGGGCGACCAACCUGAGUGGAAUCUAGGCGUGGCUGCAGAGUCCGUCGAUCGGAAGGGAGAAGAUCUUCUUGCGUCACCAGAAUACGGAAUCUGGGCUAUACUGAAAAGGGGGCGCAAGUAUACAAAUGGAGCUGGUAAAACGCUCACUCUGAAGAGGAUACCCCAGAGGAUCAGAGUUCAGCUGAACUACGACAGGGGGGAAGUGGCUUUCUAUGACCCCAAAGACAAUACACACAUCUACACUCAUAAACAUAGGUUUACUGAGACGGUCUACCCAUACAUCUCUGUUUGGAAGAUGAAAGACGCCAUCAACCGUGAUAUACAUAUCUGCCCAUCAGAGGUGUCUGUGACCGUGAAAUCAAAUCAGUGAGGUGGUCUUUGAGCCCCUCCGUGACGGACACCUGCUGUCUGAGGGCAUCCAGGGACGCUCUGAUUUGGCCCAGUUCCUCCCGGGCCACACCAGGGCCAAACACACUGGACAGCUCCUCGAGCUGGAGCUGGACGCUGGAGAUGUGGUCCCUCUGGUCUUCCAGAGAGCCCUGUACAGGGACGUCCAGAAAACCGUAACACUUUAUUUACAAUACUGCUAUUUACCUGUGUAGUGUUCAUAAUCAUUAGGCACCAAACAGAAUGUUUAAUGUUUUAAAACGUUUUCUGUUGCAUGCCUUAAUAAACACAAUCAAGGUAGUCUCUCCUCUUAUGAGAAUCUUAACGUUUUAACGAUUCCUAUGACCAAUGGAUUCUAUUAAGUGCAGUGUUGUGUGUAUUAAUUAUUCCUGCUUUGGUUUCAUAUGCAGUAACAGCAGUGUUUCUUACUUUUUUAAGUCUUUUUAGAUUUUAUUGAACAGAGAGAAGAUGGGAAAUGAUGGAGAGAGGUUGUGUCAAAGAGCAGUAGGCCAGAUUCAUACCUACACUGUAGACAUGCUGGAUUCUGCAGCAUUACCGCUAGAUCAACGGCACCUCAGUACCUCCAGGCUCUGAUCAGGCCCUACACCCAAACAAGGGCACUGCGUUCAUCCACCUCUGGCCUGCUCGCCUCCCUACAACUGAGGAAGUACAGUUCCCGCUCAGCCCAGUCAAAACUGUUCGCUGCUCUGGCCCCCCAAUGGUGGAACAAACUCCCUCACGACGCCAGGACAGCGGAGUCAAUCACCACCUUCCGGAGACACCUGAAACCCCACCCUCUUUAAGGAAUACCUAGGAUAGGAUAAAGUAAUCCUUCUCACCCUCCCCCCUUAAAAGAUUUAGAUGCACUAUUGUAAAGUGGCUGUUCCACUGGAUGUCAUAAGGUGAAUGCACCAAUUUGUAAGUCGCUCUGGAUAAGAGCGUCUGCUAAAUGACUUAAAUGUAAAUGUAAAUGUAAUCAACCAGACCUCUGGGUGUUGUAUUGGUCACAUGUUACAGUACUGCUUCUCACCUGUCCUGCUUCUUACCUGUACUGCAGACAGGGUGUUGUCACAUCGGCUGACCUGCUGGGCCAGCGGGCGGACCACCUCCUCCAGACCGCUGACUUGGCGGCUCCUCUCUUGGAGCUCCUUGUGCCUCAGCAGCACCUCCUGCUGGAGGAUUUCCAUCUGGCAGGUCAGAGGAAUGGUCAAAGCUCAACCAUUGCCACCGCACUGGCUCUAGGUACAACUUGCCCUUUGGCCACUAAAAGGGCUGAAUCCUAACUUGAGAUGUGUGCAGGAAACUCAUGCUUGGCGCAAGUCUCCAAAGGAAAGGACAUAAGUGUGUGUUCCGUUUGCAAACCUCAAGUUAGGAUUUGGCCCUUUUGAAUGUUUUGUGAUGCAUUGUCCUUAUGAUGACUGUUUAACUUGCUCGUUCAAAACAGCACCAACUAAACAUUUGCUACGCUUUCUUCAUUCUGAAUGUACCCUGGUCCAUAAACAGAAAAGUUCUGGGUAGUAAUUGGUCCUACCUGUGUCUCCAGCUUGGUGUUGCUCCCCAGAACCAGGAGGAUGUGGUGAUUGAGAGCGGUUUCCUCGUGAACUUUAACUUGGGCUCUCCUCUCCUGUCCACACAGAGAGAAAUAACUAUUAGUUGUAUGGCAAUAGAACUGCCUAUCAUGUCUAGACAUGUUUAAGAAUGACAUGCUAAACAAUGACAUACAAAUUAUAACACUCAUCAUACAUACUGUUUUGACAUUACCCGAUGGGUUGUUGUUGAACCAAGACAAAUUAAUAUCUGUAUAUUUUGGUUGUAAUGUAUAGGACUAGUUCAUAUAAACACACAUUACUAUUACUGAACAAAAGUAUAAACGCAACAUGUAAAGUGUUGGUCUCAUGUUUCAUGAGCUGAAAUAAAAGAUCCCAGAAAUGUUCCAUAUGCACAAAAAGCUUAUUUCUCUCAAAUGUUGUGAAAAAUGUCUUUAUAUCCCUGUUAGUGAGCAUUUCUCCUUUGCCAAAAUAAUCUAUCGAACUCCAUUCAGGUGUGGCAUAUCAAGAAAUUGAUUAAACAGCAUGAUCAUUACACAGGUGCACCUUGUGCUGGCGACAAUAAAAAUGCCACUCUAAAAUGUGCAGUUUUGUCACAUAACACAAUGCCAAUCUCAAGUUGAGGGAGUGUGCAAUUGGCAUGCUGACUGCAGGAAUGUCCAACAGAACUAUUGCCAGAGAAUGUAAUGUUAAUUUCUCUACCAUAAGCCACCUCCAACAUUGUUUUAGAGAAUUUGGAAGUACGUCCAAUCGGCCACCCAACCUCAGACCACAUGUAGUAACCAUGCCAGCACAGGACCUCCACAUCCGGCUUCUUUACGUGCGGGAUCGUCUGAGACCAGCCACCCGGACAGCUGAUGGAACUGAGGAAUAUUUCUGUCUGUAAUAAAGCCCUUUUGUGGGGAUAAACUCAAUCUGAUUGGCUGGGCCUGGCUCCCAAGUGGGUGGGCCUAUGACCUCCCAUGCCCACCCAUGUCUGCUCCCCUGCCCAGUCAUGUGAAAUCCUUAGAUUAGGGCCUAAUUCAUUUAUUUCAAUUGAUUGAUUUCCUUAUAUGAAUUGUAAACUCAGUAAAAUCAUUCAAAUUGUU